GGCAAACAUGCACUCUACAAAGGUGUGACCAUAUCGUUAAUGUCAAUACGCGCGUUGACAAAUUAAAAGAUUGAUUACUUCUUGGUACUAUGCUAUGUGAUUUAGAAAAAGCUAUAAUGGAAUUUAAGUAUAUAAAGGUCGUUUGUUGGUACGUUCUUCAUUUACUUCUGACGAUUGCCGGCACGCAAGGUGCUUUGUUGCUGACAUCUGACAAACAGUAUGUACAACUACAUUGGGAUAUAACGUUAACCUGCAACACGAGUGAUAAUAUUGAUUCGAUUGAGUUUAGACGGGAUACCAACUAUGUGGGAAGAUGCACCAUAUUUGUAUGUGAGUCAUCACAUCCAACCAAGUUCAUUGUGAACAACAGCAAUAUGUCUGGAUACAACAUUUUCACCUUAACGGUGAAAGAUUUUGAAGUGAAGAACGAAGGGUUUUAUAAAUGCUUUGAUAUGGAGUCAAUGGAUGCCUCUGGAAUACAAAUCAGGAAAGCAGUUAACAUCACUUCAGUGACAUUAACUCCAAAGACAGACCCUAUAUCGGUGAUUGAAAAUGUCCCACAGCUUUUCCGCUGCGUUACCUCAACAUGUCGCCCGGUGGCCACAGUAAUGUGGUAUCUUGGCUCCACACAGCUGACUUCUGGAUCUGAGUCCAGCACCUCGAAUGACGUCACUACCAGCACACUUGACUACAUCCCACAGAAAAGCCACCAGGGCAUGAGAAUCCUCUGUCGAGGAAGUAAUGGUGGUAAAGUACAAACAUCUGAUGACCAACCAAAGCUCAUCGUUCUUUUUCCUCCUGUGGUAAAGCCCCUGACGAAGGUCUUGGUACUUGAACGAGACAAUGUUUCUGUGGCUUGUCAGAUAACUGCUGGAGUUCCAAACACGACCGAUUUUACUUGGGAGAGAAUGUCUGAUAUGAUCCCUAUCUCCAUGGAGCAAACAUUAGUCAUCCUCAGUAUUGAUCGGAAACAGGAUGGGAACUACAGAUGUACAGCCUCAAACCUCAUGGAGCCUACAGUCGGUGAUGCAACUGUUGGCAACAGCAGCAACACAGUCUACAUUGAUGUACAAUUUGCACCUACUGCUCCUACUUUCCACUUUGGAGGCCGAGCCGGAGCAAACAUACCGGACAACUAUUUGUCCGUUAUUCGAGGAAACGUUACCACCGUGACUUGCGAGUCCAUCGCCAAUCCAAUGCCUGACUACACGUGGAAUGGAAACAACACUGCAUGGACGUUUACGCCGACGGAUGACGAGAAUAGAACGUGCACUGUGCGCAACAGUAUGGUUACUACUGAAAACGACACAAUGCCCGGAUUCAACUCAUCAGUUCUGAAUAUCAACAUUUUGUACCCACCGAGUAAACCGGCUUUUUACUUCGGAGACCAGGCCGAAGCAAUUAUUCCAGACAACACACUCUCCGUCAUUCAGGGCAACGUUACCACCGUGAUAUGCGAGUCCUCUGCAAAUCCGCUCCCUACCUAUACUUGGAAUGGAUACAACAAUACGUUAACGUUUACGCCUACAGUUGACGAAAACAGAACGUGCAGUGUUCGCAACAGUAUGGUUACUACGGGAUACGGGACAGUGUCGGGAUACAACUCAUCAGUUCUUAUUGUCAAUGUUUUGUAUGCACCAGGAACACCUGACCUAAGCUUCCAAUCGUGCCUUGGGGAGCCAUUAACGUUGAACUCGUCCAUUAAGGUCAUACAUGGCGAACCGGUACACGUGACUUGUAGUGCCUCAAGUAGCCCAUCUUCGACUUACAGUUGGUCCCGAUACCAAGUGAAACAAAGCAACGUUAUGUGGAUACCUAAUGCACAAACGUCUCAUGAUGGAACAUACACGUGCAAGGCAGAGAAUAUCAUGAAUAUCACAUUCGAUGGACCUGUUCGAGGAAAUAGCUCAAAGCUCUUUCAUCUUGAUGUUCUCAUUCCUCCUGUGGUAAAGCCGCUGGCGAACGUCGUGGUACUCGAACGAAGCAAUGUUUCUGUGGCUUGUCAGAUAACUGCUGGUGUUCCGAACACGACCAAUUUUACUUGGGAGAGAAUGUCUGAUAUGACCCCUUACUCCAUGGAGCAGACAAUUGUCAUCCCCAACAUUUAUCGAACACACAGUGGGAACUACAGAUGUACAGCUUCAAACCUCAUGGAACCUACAGGAUGUGACGCAACCGUUGGCAACAGUAGCAACACAGUCUACAUUGAUGUACAAUAUGAAGCAGAAGUGAUAAACUUUACAUUAUUGCAUGUUAAUCAAGGGCAACACCUUGAAGUGGAUGAAAACGCUCAAGUCAUAUUUUAUUGCCAAACACAUAGUAAUCCCUUAUCAAAUAUAUCGUUGUUAAAAGAAAGCCACUAUUUAAAGACUGCCAGUAACACAAGCGAUUUGGAAUUCACGAUCAGCAAAAGUGAAUGUGAGGAAGAAGGCACUUACCAUUGUACAGCACAAAAUAAACACAAUACUAAAGAUGAUAUCAGGUCCUUGAUGCUAUUUGUUAGAUGUGCUCCUCGUGCAUCGUCAUUGUUUCCAACACACCAGAACAUUACAAGCGCUACCGGAGAGCCUGCAGUUUUCACGCUUAAUCUAGUAGCCUUUCCACGACCACGAGUGGCGGACUUUGUGUGGGAAAAGGAUGUUUUCGCUAAUGAUACGUGGCAUAUCGUUUCUAAUGACACAGACAUCGACAUACUGAUUUAUAAAGACGGACUUCAAACUAAAUUAUCAUUUAGUUCCGUAAAGGAAGACGAUUUCGGGUAUUAUCGCGUACAUGUCCACAACGAACUCGGAAAUUACACUGAAACGUUUAGACUGCAGGCGCAAGAGCAUCCACUUUCACCUUAUAAUCUGCAACACUUCAAAAAGGCUACAUUUGAUACGAUAUACAUUGAAUGGACACCCGGUCUUGAUGGCGGUCUGCCCCAAACGUUUUACGUAGAAUAUAGGGAAGUUGGAGCGUCUGUCUGGAUGAAAGAAAGAGUUAUCGCUGGACAUAUCAAUUACACUAUAGUUGGAUUAAAUCCAGAGACAAUGUACGAGAUAAGAGUCUAUUCAACAAAUGACAUUGGUAGAUCUAAUGCAUCAGAGGCUAUAACAGUAACCACGUUGAAAAGGCCAGAAACUGGCGGACCACCUAUGGUGAUUAUAACGGUGUUGUUAGUUGUUGUCGUCGUUGUUGUUGUUGUCGUUGUGGCCGUUACUAUAAUUUUAGUAAGGAAACGGAAAGGUGGAAUGCCAGAAUAUGUGAGCCGAUUAACCACAGGACUUGAGCUGCAGUCGAUGCCCAACCAGGAAGGGACAGAAGAUGACAAUGAUGGUGGAAAGACCAAUCCGACAUAUGAGGGAUGUGGUGAUAUACAAGACAAACCGUACAAAACAGGGAGCCGUGUUUCCCAGCCUCAAAAUAAGGAAACUGGCGAAGUCGGUGAAGAAAACGAUGCCGUCAAUAAAAAUAAAACCGAUCCAUACGAACACACUGAAACUCCACAAGGGGAAAAUGGCCAAACUACAUCUUAUAGUUUUGAUACCUACUAAAACUAUGAUGCUUCUCCGACAAAGAGAGCAGUGACGGGGUGAACUUGCCUUCCAAUGCAGACUCCUUAAAAAGAACCCCAAAUCCCCUGUACUUGACACUUGGACCUAUGAUGGUAACAUCUACAUUAAAACAGAGGUGAAAGGCCACAUGAUCAGAAUCAACAGCCACAAUGACCUGGUUCAGUUUGGUUACAACCCAAACACAUCUAUGAACUGAGAAGUGCCAGUGAUGGUCUUUCAGACAUGAAGUGCAACCAUUUGAGUCUUAAUAAAUCUAAAAGUGUUAUGCCAUUUGUCAUGAUUAAUUUCUGCAUUAGUUUUGAUGUUUAAAACAUGUUUUCUCUUAUUUGCACAUAGAUCAUCUAGGUCAUGCACUAACAUAACUGUUUUACUCAACAUUGAGUAUAUAUGUACAUAUCAGAGAAACUACCUAUUUAGGUAUAGAUGGUAGAUGGACUUACAGUAUACAUCAAUUUCUUUGUACAUUCAAUUUAUAAUACAUCUUGGUUUACCUUGUAUAUAAAAUCCAAAAUAACCUAGCCAGUACAACAUCUAAAAAGCAAAUAUGUUUCAUAUAGUCAUUACGAUGACAGCAAUAUUUUGGGUAUAUGUGUACAAUUGUGUGUGUGUGUGUGUGUGCGUGCGUGCGUGCGUGCGUGCGUGCGUGCGUGCGUGUGUGUGUGUGAUAUAUAUACAUAUGUGUGUGCGUGCGUGCGUGCGUGCGUGCGUGCGUGCGUGCGUGCGUGCGUGCGUGUGUGUGUGUGUGAAUACAUAUAUAUACAUAUGUGUGUGUGUGUGUGUGUGUGUGUGUGUGAGAGUGUGUGUGGUUGUGUGUAUAUCUGCCUUUGUUUUAUAUGUAAACAUUUAAACAUGUUGUUGCUCUUUUUGUACAUUAUUUUCAGUUUAUUACUACAACUUACAUCUAAAAGUAAUUGUACUUAACACUAUAAUUAUUAUUCUCAUAUAAUUAAAGUUAUAAUCACUGUCUAUAGUGUGUCAUCUUGUUGAUCAUAUAUUCAUUCUUAUGUAAACAUGUAGAUGGACAUUUGGAUUCUAGAUAUACUUACCUUUUGAAUAAUGUAAAAAAUCUCAAUACUACAAAUACUUCUAAAUUAGUACUCCUAAAUAGUAGUAACUUUUGCAUACAUGUAAUUAUGAUAAAAGAUCCCUUAAAACUGAUGUUUUACAAUUUACAUUUGGCCUACAUGAAAGGUUAAUUCUGUCUUGUUGUGUUUUGCUUUGUUAAGCAGCAAGUGUUUUUUGAAUUCUUAUUGUUUAUACAUAUAUACAUUUACAAGAACAUUAUUACAAGUCAUUUAAGCAUCUAUUUGAACACACAUCAAUGUUUAUAUUUUGGCAUGUUCAAUUAAAUAGCUGUAUUAAUGAUUCUACUUAUCCAUCAUUAAAAUACUUUUACUAUACUAUAUUAGAAGUAUUUGCAAUAUAUAUGUCAACGGUCUUAUCUUGAUG